AUGGAGAUUGAGGCAUGCAUGCAAGGUCUUGUGGCACAUCCAAAACUGUCUUUGGUUGGAAAGUUCUUCACAAGUCUCGUUCCACCGUCCUUUGACCGAACAGAAAGCACACUGCGGCAGCAAUGGAAACUUUCCGGUAGCUUGAAGGUAUUCCCUUUGGAGAAAGACGAUAUAGAAAAGAGCGACAAGAAGAAUGUUAUAAGCGAAGGACCUUGGAACGUUGAUGGUAUCAUAUUAGUCCUCAAAAAAUGCCCACAAAACAUAUCCAUAGCCGAGAUUGAUUUCUCUGUUGCUUGCUUCUGGGUCAAGGUAAUAGGUCUGCCCUAUUUUCAAUACACAGAAGAAGAUGGUGAGAAGAUUGGGAAAAAGCUUAGUGAUGAGCCAUUGAUUGAUUUUGAAUAUGAGCGUUCAAUAAAAUACUAUUGGGCUAACGCUGAGAUAAAUCUGAAAAAACCACUCCCUCCCGGGUUUUACAUUAACGGUAAAAGCCGUAAGCGUCCGUUCGUUCAGUUCAAGUACAAGAAUCUAGGUGAUUUCUGCGAAAACUGCGGUAUGAUUAGCCACCGGAAGUGUGGAGAAGUCGCAAAGAUUAGACCUUUGACACGCGAGUUUAAAACGAAUGUGUAUGGUCCGUGGCUGAGAUACGACAAUGAACAGGCUGGUAAUAACAGCCUACCCGUGAAGUUGUACUACUCUCAGCCGUGUCAUUACGUCGGUUUGGAGUACGAGGAGACAGUUACACACGCUCAGUUCUAUGUUAGGGUCGUUGUUGAUGUUAUCUACGCGAGUGAGCAUGAGUGGGGCAGCAAGAAACUGACUCGUUCCUUGUUUAAAAGUCAGUAUAGUUAUUAUUUCCGGUUUCCUUGUUUCCCGACAAGUGUCAUUAAAGAUGUUUUAGCGUUAGAGAUCGAUAGUAUCUCACCUCUAGCGAAGUUAACAGCAGAGGACAAGGCAAGCAUCGUCCAUGGUCUCGUGGAUCACAUAAUGAAGCAGAGGAAGUCUUGGUCGGGGAACAAAUGGGUUCCUUUCAUUGUUACUGUCGAGAAAACAGUAAUGAUACCACCAGUGGAUAUGGAGGCUAUGCUUGAAGAAGACAAAGACAUAGAACUACGUGGCACCAUUAACGAAGAGAUUAUUGAAUUAGUAGUCAGCUCAUUAGGGAAGUCAGAUGAUUUACUUAUGAAGACUGUUCGAGAUGCGAUUGCUAAGGUCGGUUUGACUCAUUUUGGGGAUUCUUAUAUUGAGUUGUGGGUGAGAUGUGCGAAAGACUCAGUUUCCGAAAGAAGAUUGGAUCGUAGUAAUCACAAGGUUGUUAGGGUUCUUGGCCCUGAUAUGGAUAGGUUUGGCAUAUGUUGUAUAUGUCAAGAAGAAUUCUUUCUUGGAGAUCUCGCAACCUUUAUUUCUCCUUGUUCUCAUGUUUUCCACACUCGCUGCAUUGACAAGUGGAUUCAAGAAUCUUCAAAGUGUCCACUUUGUUGUAUCCAGCUUCAAGUGUUUGAAACCAAAGCCAAGGCUUGA